AUGCUCGCCUCCCGCCCGCUGUGCCGCGCCGGCUGCCUCGGGCGCCGCGCCGCCCGGCGGCACUGCUCGUCGCUGGCCGUCACGCACCUCGACACGUGGCUCCGCGACAACGCGGCCUCCUUUGCGCCGCCCGUGAUGAACAAGCUGCUCCACCGCGACCAGCUCUCCGUCAUGUUUGUGGGCGGGCCGAACCGGCGCGAGGACUUCCACCUCGAGGAGGGGAGCGAGUUCUUCUUCCAGCUGCGAGGCGACAUGGAGCUGCCCACGCUGCAGGCCGGCCGGCGCGAGCUGGUGCGGAUCCGCGAGGGCGAGGUGUACCUGCUGCCCUCGCGCAUCCCGCACUCGCCGCAGCGGCCGGACGCGGGCUCCAUCGGCCUCGUCGUCGAGCGGCGGCGCAGCGAGCGCGAGCUCGACGGCCUCCGCUUCUACACCGACUUUGAGGCGUGCGACGCCGUGCUCUGGGAGCAGUACUUUCACUGCUCCGACCUGGGCAAGGACCUCGCGCCGGUGCUCGCCGCCUUCCGCGAGUCGGAGGAGGCGGCCACGCGGCGGCCCUCCGCCACCUCCGUCCUCGCCUCGCCGCCCCUCAAGCAGGACGUGGCGACGGUCGUCCCUCCGCCCUUCCGGCGCCUCGCGGCAUCUGGAAUGCGGCUGGACGAGUGGCUGGAAGAGCGGUCCGCGCUGCUCGACGCGGGCGCGACCCUGCCCCUCUUCGGCGAGAGCCACCCCGACAAGGAGUUCGGCAUCUUUGUCGCCGGAGGGCCGGUGGAGCACAACGCCGCGUGGAGGCACGAGACGUGGCUGCUGCAGCUGCGCGGCGAGGCGAGGGUGAGCCUGCGCGGCGGCGAGGAGGCGACCCUCUCCGAGGGGUCCUGCCUCGUCGUGCCCGCAAAGACCGAGUACACGGUCCGGCGAGAAGCGGGCUCGCGCGGGCUGGUGGUGACAAACGACCCGAACGGGAACAAGGUCAACGCGAGGGGGGUGCGGCUCUUCGGGGGCGGCAGCGAGGGCCGGCAGCCCGUGGUGGGGGGCGGAGACCAGGCCGGACGAGACAUCCUGCGCGCGAUGCACGAGGACGCGGCGAGGAAGGGAAGGUAA